AGUGCCAUUCUGAAAUGACAAAAAACAAAAACACACAGAGACAUAAGUGGUUUUUAAGUGUCAAAAGUCUUGUCAAAGGCCUUAUGGGUGGGUCUGACUGUCUGUCUGUUGCUAGACAGCACGGUUCCCUGAAGAUGGAUCACCAAAGGCAUUUAAACAAAAAAAAACCUACACUCUAGAGAGUUGUCAAUACAGGGCCUAGACUUGCAAGAUCCAUCAAGUCUAUUCCAUUGUUACAUAUUGGUUAUUUGGGAAUUUUGUUCACAGUAACUAAAAAGUAAUUAGUAGUGAGUAAUUAAUUACUCUAUAUUUACAGUACAUUGUUAUGUAAUAUAUGACAUUAAAAUCAAGGUAAGUAGUAAUAUGUAAUACACUGCAUUUCAAAAAUAAUGUUAAUGUUGAAGACAUUAUGAGAUGGUAAGUGAGAUGUUUUUAUUUUGAGGGUGUCUUUUGUAUUUCUGAUAGUAUAUAGAGAGUAUCUGGGUUGUACACAGUCAAAAAAAAAUUGUCUCCAAAAAGUCAUUGUAUUAACUUGGCAGAGAAGCAGCGAUAACAAAGAACAAACUGAAGGUAAUAACAUUGAGAAAUUAAAUAGACAACUGAAUCAGGACAACAAAAUGUAAUUUCAAGGUUUAAUCUGAGAAGUGAUAGAGGAUUUUUUUUUUUUUUUUUUUUUUUUAAUAUAUGUUAUUUGUAUUUUUUUUCAGCUGCCAACACAUAUAACUGCACAUUUACUUUAUCAAGCACUUGGACAGUUAAAGUUCAAUUUAAUAAAUCGAACUUUAUAUUGGUAUCUCUACCAAAUUGUUUUUUUUUUUUCACCUAAAAUAAAAUACAUAUGUAUUUUGCAGUAAAAUUCACAUACCGUAAAAUACCAAAUAAUAGCUGGGCGUUUAUUUGUUUGUUUCAACCACAACAGAUUAGGUGUUUAUUUGGGACAGGCAUUUAACUGAGACCCUGGUUAACUGAAACUCGGCUAUCAUUUGGUAAUAUACGGUAGGGUCAUAAUUUGGUGUGACACCGGAACCAACGCUUUUGUUUCCUGUUUGCACCCGGUUGUUUUACGACUUCCCGGUGUCUUCUUGCAGCGUGAAGUUCAUCGUUGUUGCAGUCGAGCUCUCUGCAAAAUGGACUUUGGUCCGAUAAAAGGACUUUUACAGUUCCAGGAAUUCAAAACGAUAUGCCAUGUAAUACAAUAGGAAGAGGAACUCUCAAACAUGGACAAAAACCCACAACACGACUACCAAUAUGAUAAUAAGCGGACUUGGCAACUGUGGCUGCAAAGCCAAAACACGUCAUCAACAUGCAGAGAUUCUCGGGGCUCGGUGAGGAGGAGGAUGAGAACAUUCAACAGGAGUAUCGAGUGCAUGUUCUAUGGCAGCUACUGCUAGAGAUGGAAAUUGUUAUGGAACUGUGUACAUUUUUACUUGCAGUUGCAUUUUACGACCAGUAGACGGCGCAGUAGUUUCAUUCAUGUGUUUUUUGCGUGCAUGGGUUUUACAGGAAGUGAUAUAGGCGAACCGGAGGUUGUUGUUUUUUUUACCGGCUCCGUAGCAAGAGAUUCCUCCGUCCUCACGUUUGUUUUACCCCUUUGUAGUGGCAAUAUGAGUAAGUAAACAUUAUUUUCCAUUAGUAGAUCGCAAACGCUUCUGUAGUUUAUCAUAAUUUGUUAAUUAACGAGCGAGAUGUGAUCGCGAACUCUGCACGUAGAUCUGUGUGUGUUAGAUCCGCUACCUCCGUUAGCAGGCUACAUGUAAACUUGUAUUAUUUACCUUGUGGUAAUUGAACCUUUUGUGUAUUUGUUUCAGUUUCACAAUUUCUGGCAAUAAAUGCGAUCCUGUCACAACUCCAGCCUGUUCCUUGGAUAAAAUGUCAGAAAGAGUUUAGCUGGCUGUGAAUCUCAGUCCAGGACACUAGUCAACGCUGGGUGAAGCAGUACAGUGAAAUCAUAGCACUCGGCGAGGGACGUCGACAAACUGUUGGACACUGACUAGAGAGCCAGUCACAGACACAUACUCACCUUCACCAGCCCUUCCCAGCCAAGCAUAAUGGAGACAUCGGAGGCUCAAGGUCAAGAUUGUGAGGAGACCAAAUCACUCUCCGCUCACUCCUUAAAGUCCUCAAAGUCAGAAAGGCUGACUGUUAGAUCAUCAGCAAGAGCUUCAAGCAGGUCAACGACAUCGAGCAGAGCAAGUAUGGCAGCAGCAAAGGCUCAAGCGGAAGCACAGGCUGCUAAAGCCAGGCUAGCCUACGCUGAGAAAGAAAUGAACAUAAAGGUGGAAAAAGCUCGCUUAGAAGCAAGCCUUGGUGUACUUGAGCUACAGAAAGAGGCUGAUGCUGCCAUGGCCAAAGCAGAGGUGAUGGAGCUUGCUGCUGCUCAGCUCGACGCUGCAGAGCGAAGUGGUGAGUUUGACUUCUUGCCUACCCAGGCAACACCAGAGCAGAAAGUGACUGAUUACAUAAAUAAACACAAUCACACUGAACUUCCUCGAAGUCAGAAAGACACCUUUAUGCAGCAUUGUGACACCACCUGUCAGCAGAAACAAGCGAAACAUUUGCCGACAUUCACACCUUUUCAACAAGAACCAAAUCGCCACCAAUUCUCACCACCAGAUGGCAGCAAACCAACACUACAAAGAGAUGUAGUUCAACAAAGUCCUCCCUACAAUGUGUUACAGCCACAGUAUAGGUUCACUACGAACCACACAGCUUCUGACAACGCAACCAGUGACCUCGCAAGGUUCUUAGCAAAGAGUCAGCUUGUGAGUGGAGGACUGACUAAGUUUGAUGACCAACCAGAGACUUAUCUGAGCUGGAAGACCACGUUUCAGAGUACCAUUGCAGAUCUUGGACUAACUGACACUGAAGAAAUAAAUCUGCUCAUCAAGUGGCUGGGCCCUGAGUCCUCUGAACAUGCUAAAAGGAUGAAAGCAGUCAAUAUACGUCACCCAUCUGCUGGUUUAAAUAUGAUCUGGACAAGACUUGAAGAAUGCUAUGGCUCAUCAGAAGCAAUAGAAAGAGCCCUGUUUUCCAGGAUAGAAAACUUUCCAAAGCUCUCCAGCAAAGAACCUUGCAAGCUUCGUGAGCUCUCCGACCUGCUCUGUGAACUGGAGGCUGCAAAGCUAGAUGGAUACUUACCUGGUUUAAGUUACUUCGACACAGCCAGGGGAGUGAGUCCAAUUGUGGAGAAGCUACCCUUUCACCUGCAGGAAAAGUGGACAGCGGUUGGGUCAAGGUUUAAAGAAGACUAUAAAGUUGCCUUCCCACCUUUCUCUUUCUUUUCUGAGUUUGUGAGGAAAGAGGCUAGAGCAAGGAAUGACCCAAGCUUCACCACAGCUCAUCCCUCCUCUGUCAGCUUCAAGAAAGAGAGGCUUCCAGGUAAUUACAACACAAGGCCAUCAGUCACAGUGCACAAGACAGACGUGUCAACAGAUGUACACACACACACAGCGGUUAAACAUGCAAAUGAAGAUAUAAGCAAGCAAUGUCCUAUACAUCACGCACCGCACCCACUGAAAAGAUGCAGAGGUUUCCGAACAAUGCUAUUGGAAGACAGAAAGAAAUUCAUCAAAGACAAUAACAUCUGCUAUCGUUGCCUUGCAUCCACCAGUCAUCAGGCAAAAGAUUGUAAUGUCACUAUUAAGUGUGUGGAGUGUGACAGUGAGAGGCACCUGGCAGCUCUCCACCCUGGCCCACCAGUGCAGACACCAAAGCCCCUCUCUUCCUCUAAAGAGCAUGGCGGGGAGAGUCUGAGCUCAUCAAACCUAGAUGUUACCGCCACCUGCACAGAGGUAUGUGGAAAUGGGAUCACAGGGAAAUCCUGCUCCAAGAUUUGCCUGGUACACGUCUUCCCAGAAGGUCAACGACAUAACAUCAAGAGGAUGUAUGCAAUCAUAGACGAUCAAAGUAAUCUGUCCCUUGCAAAGACUGAGUUUUUUGAUAUGUUUAACAUCCAGGGCACAGUAGAACCAUACACCCUCAAGACUUGUGCUGGCACAACAGAAACAUCAGGCAGAAGAGCAUGUGGUUAUACAGUGGAGUCAGCAGACGGGAAAUUGAACUUUCCUCUCCCUGUGCUCAUUGAAUGCAAUGCUAUCCCUAAUAAUAGAGAAGAAAUACCUACCCCUGAAGCCGCACGUCACCACCAUCAUCUGAGGUCAAUCGCUGCUGAGAUACCGCCCCUCGACCCAGAUGUUGACAUCCUCCUGCUCAUUGGACGGAACCUUCUGAGAGCUCACAAGGUGAGAAAACAGUUGAACGGCAGACACAAUGACCCAUAUGCACAGAAGCUUGACCUGGGCUGGGUUAUCAUCGGCGAUGUGUGCCUCGGCAGCGCUCAUAAGCCAACUGAAGUGAGUGCUCUAAAAACACAUGUGUUAAACAAUGGACGCCCCAGCUUUCUCACCCCCUGUGACAACCGCUUCAGUGUGAAGGAGAAUUUCAGCCUGAUGGGUCACACAAAAGCAACUCCUCAACAGCCGCAACCACCAAACCCACACUCCAAGCCCACUGCAGAGAAUUUAGGAGAGACUGUCUUUUGCCGCACUGUUACUGACAACCAGCUCGCACCUUCUGUCGAAGACACACUCUUUUUAAAGAAGAUGGAAGGAGUCUUCAAAGACAAAACUAACAGCUGGGUUGCACCAUUGCCAUUUAGGAGCCCCAGGCGUCUGCUCCCAGAUAACAGGCCCUAUGCCUACAAGCGGCUUAUGUCUCUUCGUCGCACACUUGACAAGAAGGAAGACAUGAGAGCCCACUUCGUCGAGUUCAUGCAGAAAAUGAUAGAUAACAAACAUGCAGAGCUUGCACCACCUUGUGAUAAGGAUAAAGAGAGAUGGUAUCUUCCCACUUUUGGCGUCUACCACCCGCAGAAGCCCGGGAAGAUUCGAGUAGUGUUUGACUCGAGUGCACAGUUUGAUGGAGUGUCUCUCAAUGACGUGCUGCUUAAGGGGCCUGACUUGAACAACACCCUGUUGGGUGUGCUCCUCCGGUUUCGAAAGGAACCGGUUGCCAUAACAGCCGACAUAGAACACAUGUUUUACUGUUUUGUUGUUUGUGAAGAGCACAGAGAUUUCCUUCGUUUUCUCUGGUAUGAAGACAAUGAUCUCAGCAAGGACGUGGUAGAUUACCGCAUGAGAGUACAUGUGUUUGGAAAUAGUCCCUCUCCAGCUGUGGCAAUCUUCGGGCUGAGAAUGGCAGCAAAGGAGGCAGAAGAGGUCUACGGCAGUGACGCACGACACUUCAUAGAACAAGACUUUUACGUCGAUGAUGCCCUGAAAUCCUUUCCAACUGAUGCUGAGGCUGUCGAUGUCCUGCAGAGAGCGCAAAAGAUGCUCGCUCUCUCUAAUCUGCGUCUCCACAAAAUCGCCUCCAACAGAGUGGAGGUGAUGAAUGCCUUUUCUCCUGAAGACAGAGCCAAGGAAAUCAAAGAUCUGGACCUCUCCACAGAUGAGCUUCCUGUCCAGCGCAGCUUGGGAGUGAGUUGGAAUAUCAUGUCUGAUACAUUCACUUUCCAUGUUCCUCAGAGCCAGAAGCCCUUCACUCGCCGUGGGGUGCUUUCAGUUGUAAACAGCUUGUUCGAUCCUCUAGGCUUCCUUGCCCCUGUAACUAUCAAAGGACGACUUUUACUCAGACAGCUCUCCAACAGUGACCUUGAGUGGGAUAGCCCCCUUCCCCCCGACAUGUAUGAUGGCUGGAGAAGCUGGCAAGAGUCGCUGCAGGAUCUCCAGGCAGUGCAUAUCCCUCGCACAUAUGUCUCCUUCUCCAUUUCACAAGCUAAGUGUAUUGAGCUUUGUAUGUUUUCAGAUGCUUCAGUCAGAGCUAUAGCCGCAGCAGCCUAUCUGAAAGUCACACAUGGAGAUGGACACACUGAAGUUGGCUUCAUCAUGGGUAAGGCCAAGUUGGCUCCAGUACCAGAGCUCACCAUCCCCAGACUGGAGCUCUGCGCCGCGGUGCUCGCUGUGGAGUUGUCUGAGCUCCUCACAGAAGAAAUUGACAUGAAAAUAGACAAAACUACAUUCUACACAGACAGUAAAGUGGUGCUAGGAUACAUAAACGACCAGCACAGAAGAUUUCAUGUAUAUGUAAACAAUCGUGUACAGAGAAUCAAGCAAUCCUCCCUACCAGAUCAGUGGAGAUAUGUCUCAACAGAGCACAACCCAGCAGAUCAUGGCUCUAGGUCUGUAGCUGCAGGGAAGCUUGCCAGCACCACGUGGUUAUGUGGUCCUGCGUUUCUUUUGCAGCCUGAGAGCACAACACCUGAGAAAGGCCCAUUUGAGCUUGUUAGCCCAGAGUCAGAUGUUGAAAUUCACUCUAAAGUGACAGUGCUCACCACCACAGUCUCUACAAAGCAUUUGGGCUCAGCGCGCUUUGAGCGCUUCUCUAAGUGGACGUCCCUGAUCAAAGCAGUAGCUCACCUUCGUCACAUCUCUCACAGCUUCAUCAAAUCCAGAGAAGAAACCAGUUGUGCAGGAUGGCACCUCUGCAAGACAAGUCUCACAGAUGAAGCUUUAAGUCAAGCAGAACACACAGUGAUAAGAUGUGUCCAGCAUGAAGUGUAUUCAGAAGAAAUCAAAUGCAUCAUGGCAAAACGAGGUCUGUCCUCCAACAGUUCUCUUCACAAGCUUCAUCCAGUCAUUGAUGAAAAUGGCCUACUGCGGGUAGGAGGACGCCUUGCAGAGUCAAGCGUGUCAAGUCGUGAAGCCAACCCUCUUCUGAUCCCAGGCAAGCAUCACAUCACUACACUGCUGAUCCGCCAUCAUCAUGGGGCUGUAAAGCAUCAAGGAAGGCACUUUACUGAGGGAGCGGUGAGAGCAAGUGGCCUGUGGAUAGUAGGAGCCAAGAGGUGUAUUGGCAGCAUUAUCCAUAGAUGUGUGACCUGCAGGAAACUACGCGGCAGAGAGGAGCAGCAAAUCAUGGCAGAUUUGCCAGCCGAACGUUUACAGACUGACCCCCCGUUUUCUUAUGUUGGCCUUGAUGUAUUUGGACCAUGGGAGGUCAUUGCACGCCGCACUAAAGGAGGACAAGCCAACAGUAAGAGAUGGGCGGUUCUGUUUACAUGCAUGUCCACUCGAGCUGUUCACAUCGAAGUGAUUGAAACUAUGAGCUCUUCCAGCUUCAUCAAUGCACUUCGCAGAUUCUUCGCGAUCAGAGGUACAGCUAAGCAGUUGAGGUCAGACUGUGGCACCAACUUUGUUGGUGCAGCCAGGGAGCUGAAGCUGGAGCCUCUAAAGCCUGGUGAGAUGAGUGUAGACAGCUACCUCCUCAAUCAAAGAUGUUCAUGGAUGUUCAACCCGCCCCACUCAUCCCACAUGGGUGGCACGUGGGAGCGGAUGAUAGGAAUUACACGACGCAUCCUGGAUUCAAUGCUCUUACAAGUGAGCCACUCCAAGCUGACUCAUGAGGUUCUGAUAACCCUGAUGGCUGAAGUUACAGCUAUUAUUAAUGCAAGACCUUUAGUGCCUGUCUCCACUGACCCAGAAGCUCCUCUGAUCUUAACCCCCUCAACUCUACUCACCCAGAAGUUUGGUGUCCUCUCACCUCCGCCUGGAGACUUCACCAAAGCUGACAUGUUCAAAUAUCAGUGGAAAAGGGUUCAAGUUCUUGCUGACACUUUCUGGGCUCGGUGGCAGAAAGAAUACCUCAACAUGCUCCAGAGUCGUCAAAAAUGGCAGCUCAUCAGGCCAAACAUGAGGGAAGGAGACAUUGUUCUUCUAAAGGACAAGCAACUGAAAAGAAAUGAAUGGCCAACAGGAGUCAUAGUAAAAGCUCUUCCAAGUAAAGAUGGACUUGUCAGGAAAGUGGAGGUCAAGGUUACCCACAACAAGUCUAAAAAGACUUUCCUCAGACCCAUUUCAGAGUGUAUUCUUCUCUUAUCUCCAGGAGAUUAGAUUGUGUAAAUUUGUUAUUGUGGCAUUUUUAAAAUAAUGCCAGGCGGGGAGUGUUAUGGAACUGUGUACAUUUUUACUUGCAGUUGCAUUUUACGACCAGUAGACGGCGCAGUAGUUUCAUUCAUGUGUUUUUUGCGUGCAUGGGUUUUACAGGAAGUGAUAUAGGCGAACCGGAGGUUGUUGUUUUUUUUACCGGCUCCGUAGCAAGAGAUUCCUCCGUCCUCACGUUUGUUUUACCCCUUUGUAGUGGCAAUAUGAGUAAGUAAACAUUAUUUUCCAUUAGUAGAUUGCAAACGCUUCUGUAGUUUAUCAUAAUUUGUUAAUUAACGAGCGAGAUGUGAUCGCGAACUCUGCACGUAGAUCUGUGUGUGUUAGAUCCGCUACCUCCGUUAGCAGGCUACAUGUAAACUUGUAUUAUUUACCUUGUGGUAAUUGAACCUUUUGUGUAUUUGUUUCAGUUUCACAAUUUCUGGCAAUAAAUGCGAUCCUGUCACAACUCCAGCCUGUUCCUUGGAUAAAAUGUCAGAAAGAGUUUAGCUGGCUGUGAAUCUCAGUCCAGGACACUAGUCAACGCUGGGUGAAGCAGUACAGAAAUUGAUAAAAAUUUAACGAUUCUGAUUCCUUAUAUUUCAGUUCUCAUUGGGUGAGUGAAUAAGUACAAAUUAGUUUGUUUGUAUUAAGUUGCUUUAAUAUCUCAUCAGAAGACACAGCACAGAGUGUACAGAAAUUAUGUGUAGCAAACACAGAACAAACCUGUGCCAUGAAACAUUAUCAAGAGUGCCUUGGGAUUAGGAAAUUGUCCCUUUUUACAUUAAUUGUUCCAGACAAAAAAAUAAAAGUGUGGCUUUUUAAGCCUAACUGUCAUUAAAAUCUAAAAAGAGAGACUGAAAACCAUUAAGGAAAACCUUGAGCCUUUUGGAAUAUUAACAGUGCUAAUUUGCAUUGAACUUGAAACAAAAGCCACCACUGCAAUUGAAAGUCUUGAUUCUGUGGGAAACACUGAUAUACAUGUAUGAAUGUACACGUGUAUAUAGUAUGUGUAUAUAUAGAUAUGUGUGUGUGUGUAUGUAAAUAUAACUUACUACUGUACUUACUACUUUUUAUGACAUUUAUUUUAUUUCCUUACAAUGUCCUUUUAUCCAGAAUAUCAUCUCUAUGUCUUUCAACAGAAGCCAAAACAUGUCAUCAACAUGCAGAGAUCCUUGGGACACAGGAUGACAGUGGCAUCCUACGCAUGCUCAUGCAAGACAAUAAUGUCUUCCAGGUCGGGAAAAAAAUCUAUAGUUAAAUUCUUAGAGGGCAGCUGGGCCUCGACCUCUGUGAAAGUCAUCUGUGAUGUCAGUGUCAGUGGUUUUGAAGAACAUUGCCCAUCCUUCCACAUUCAUCUGGUACACAGAUUCAUCCUCUCUGAGUCUGUGGAAUCAUGUAACGUUAGUAAUAGAAGUUUAUUGUGAAAGCCAACUGAGAAAAUCCUGUAGUAUAGCCUGCUAACAUAUGCUGCUAAUGACAACUCAGCACAACUUGUCACCUAGUUCACAUAAAUAAGAUGUAUAUUAUUGACACAGUUUUGCUGUGAAUGAAGGAGUGUUGGCUGAAUUGGCCCAGUUCACCAAAGAAAGCCCAGUGUUCAUAAAUCAAGAUCGAGGUAGCUAUUGUUAGCUAAAUUACUUACCAGUCGAUUUGAAUAAUGAAGUCUGGAAAUGAAAAAGACAAAGGUCUCGCAGCAAAGUCCCUGACUUAAAGGCAGAUAUCAUUAUCAGUCAAGAGCGCCGCAAUGCGGUCCAGGCACAGAGUCACCACACGCUGGAGGAAAUGCAGAGCUGUGCCGGGCCUCAUGACAGUGGAGGUGGAGGUAAGUUUUUAUUUUUUCAUGGAUUCUAGUAUUAAGAUGGUUAAGUGGCAGUGAGGGCAAAUAGCGCUAGGGCGUGUUCUCUCCAUUUACUCCUGUGACAGAAGUUGCAGAUUGUGAUAUCUACUGAAAUAAAACUGAAAACGUGAUUCAAAGUCCUCUUGUAUCACCAAUACUGACUCAUUUCCAGCACAGAGGUUGCUGGCAGACGUCUGGCUGAGCAGAGCCCCCUGGUGAUCCUCUACCAGAUGGUGCAGGAGUUCACGGUCCAGCUGCAGAGGGAGACACUGCAGGUGAUUCAGGACAAGGAGAAAGCCAAGUCUCUGCUCAAAGAGGAGUCUGGCAUCAGAGCCAAGAGAAUCAACCUUCAGAAUCACCAAGAGGGCGUGAAGAAGGCACGAGUUCUGUUGACAGAUUUCAGCAUGAACUUAUACAGCUUCAGCAAAACACAGCUGCAGUGCUAACCAGAUUUGUAUUAGGAGAGUGUGAUGACUUAUCAUUAUUUAGGCUUUCUCUUCGUAUUGCUCAUGUGUCAUUAAUGGUUCCAAACUUCGAUUCCAUGUGCCCAGUUCUCCCAUUCAAUGGUCUUAUAUUUUGAAUGACAGGCAGCAUACACGGUGGGGUAUAUCAGUUCUGGCUGAGCAGAGCCCCCUGGUGAUUCUCUUAGUUUUUAUUUUAUCAUGGAUUCUAGUAUUAAUAUGGUUAAAUGGCAGUGAGGGCCAAUAGCGCUGGGGCGUGUUCUCUCCAUUUACUCCUGUGACAGAAGUUGCAGAUUGUGAUAUCUACUGAAAUAAAACUGAAAACGUG